UCUUUCCCACUCCUUGUUCUAAUCCACCUUAGAUAAGUUGGUGCUGAAGCAUGGAGAAGAAGAAAACGUGGAUGUUGGCAUGUGCUUUGUUUCUUCAGCUGCUCUGCUCGGUUUCUGAGCUGGACCGGAGCCAGUUCCCUUCAUCGUUUCUCUUUGGAACUUCGACUUCUUCUUACCAGAUAGAAGGUGCAUACCUAGAAGGUAACAAAAGCUUAAGUAAUUGGGAUGUAUUCACUCAUAUACCAGGUCAUAUCCAGGACAACAGUGAUGGAGAUAUUGCUGACGAUCAUUAUCAUCUCUACAUGGUGAGGAUAUUUCGGAGGCUUGGAUUAUCAAAAUAUCAUCCACCGCAAUUCAUACAAAAUGUUUGUAACACAAACCAUGCAAACUAUACUGAUUUAGGAUAGUUGCACCAAAACAUGAUGUGGAUAGGUAGGAACAUAUGGUG